UGUGUGUGUUGUUGCUGUCGUGCAGGACGUUAAGACUCGGGUUCACCUCAGACCUGAUUAAAACCCCGUUACGGAUCCUUCGCUUUAGUACUCGUCUUCUUUUCAGUCAACAUGGGAAACUGUCUAACUGUUGGACCGAACGAAGCCCUGGUGGUUUCCGGUGCCUGUUGUGGCUCUGAUGUGAAGACGUAUGUCGUAGGAGGCUGGGCCUGGGCAUGGUGGCUCAUCUCUGACACCCAAAGAAUAACUCUGGAGAUCAUGACUCUUCAGCCCAGAUGUGAGGACGUGGAGACAGCAGAGGGAGUGGCCAUCACUGUCACAGGCGUGGCUCAGGUGAAAGUCAUGACAGAACCCGACUUGCUGGCUGUAGCUUGUGAGCAGUUUCUGGGUAAAUCCGUGAUGGAUAUCAAAGCUGUGGUUCUGCAGACGUUGGAGGGACAUCUGCGCUCCAUUCUAGGUACUCUGACUGUGGAGCAGAUCUAUCAGGACAGAGACCAGUUUGCUAAACUGGUGAGGGAGGUAGCAGCUCCUGAUGUCGGCAGGAUGGGAAUCGAGAUUCUCAGCUUUACCAUAAAGGAUGUGUAUGAUAAACUUGACUACCUGAGCUCCCUGGGGAAGACUCAGACUGCAGCCGUCCAGAGGGAUGCAGACAUCGGUGUUGCUGAGGCAGAGAGGGAUGCUGGGAUACGGGAGGCAGAAUGUAAGAAGGAAAUGAUGGACGUCAAAUUUCUGGCUGACACCAAGAUGGCCGACUCCAAACGAGAGCUGGAGCUGCAGAAAGCUGCUUUCAACCAGGAAGUCAACACCAAGAAAGCCGAGGCCCAGCUGGCGUAUGAGCUGCAGGCGGCAAAGGAGCAGCAGAAGAUCCGCCUGGAGGAGAUCGAGAUCCAAGUGGUCCAGAGGAAGAAGCAGAUCACCAUCGAGGAGAAGGAGAUUUCCCGCACGGACAAGGAGCUCAUCGCCACUGUGAAGAGGCCAGCCGAGGCAGAGGCCUUCAAAAUGCAGCAGCUGGCCGAAGGACAAAAGAUGAAGAAGGUGUUGAUCGCUCAGGCAGAGGCUGAGAAAAUCAGGAAGAUUGGUGAAGCAGAGGCCACUUCGAUCGAAGCCGUGGGUAAAGCAGAGGCUGAGAAGAUGAGACUGAAGGCCGAGGCGUACCAUCACUACGGAGAGGCCGCCAAGACCGCCCUCGUCCUCGAAGCCCUGCCCAAGAUUGCCUCCAAGGUGGCAGCGCCAUUAGCCAAAACCAAUGAGAUUGUCAUCCUCAGCGGGGACGGAAACCGCGUGACAAGCGAGGUCAACCGCCUGUUGGCUGAGCUCCCCGUGUCCGUCAACGCCCUCACCGGCGUGGAUCUGUCAAAGAUGCCGCUGCUGCAGAAAAUGACCAGCGCUCACGCCUGAGGCCAGUGACUCCACCUGAUGUCGGUAUCUGUCGUAUGCACUCUCAUAGACUGCCUUUUACACUUGAAGAAUUUAGUUGUUUUAUAAACUGUAAACCAAGUGAAUUUUUGGAAACCUCUGGUGCCUUACUUUAUACAGGACCAGAAAAUCUGCAUGCACUGCUGCUCGUUCGAAGACUUCUUUCUUUUUUUUAUUCAGUUUUCACAUGUUGAAAUGUUGUUAAUUUUUAUGCAUUUCGUUCUUCUUUUGUGUCUGAAUCUUACUUUCAUGAAUCAGACCAGUGUGACCAUUUUAGCUGCUGAUGAUUAUAUUCCUAGACUCGUACGACGUGACGGCAGAUGCUCGUUCCUAGUCUUAAUUUCUUUGUCGUUUUGCUUUUAAAAUGCAGCAGUCCCUUAUUGAUUCAUAUACCUCCUUCUUUACUGUUACACAUUCCCAACACAAUCUGAAUCCUCUCUUAUUGCCUGUAUUUAUUUUUACUCAGAUGUUUGUACGUAUCCAUUUAAAUUCAAAUUUUAUUACAGUUUUAUUACAGUGCAACCAAGGUGCUCACGAUCCUCCAAGCUCCUUUUUAUUGUGCAGACGUCCACUUUAAAUUUUUGCACAUUUCGUCAUUUGUUCAGGUUUAUUUCUUCACAUACCGACAGGAUAGAUGUGACAGAAAAAAAAAACAGCAGAAUACGAUCCUGCGCUGAUGUUGUACUUAGCUUUCAACGUGGUCCUUCAGUAUGAGUCGUGUAAAUUAGAAAAAGGGAGUAAAACAAAGGAGGCGUACUAAUGGGGGGAAAAGAUGAGCUUAAAUAUGUUAAAUAUGUUCAUAUUGUGGAAAAAGGGUUCAGAAACUCCAAAUAGAAUAGGUUGUGGUUAAUUUUUAUAUUUGUUAAAAUGACUGAUCUGGGGGAUACUGCGUAGUGUGGAGCUAACUUUCCUGCUAAAACUUAACAAGUAAAACAUGUUUUACAGAAGUCCAGGCAUUCAGGAAAACACAGUGUGGUUUGAAAAUACAGAACGGACCUAAAAAAAACAAAACAAAUACACAACAUAUUCAGUUAAAUAUGACAGUUUGUCUCACGAAAGUACAAAGAAAUAUGUAGACAGAGGAUGUAUAAAUUGUGUUUUUCAGUAAUAUGAAUUUUAACCUUUAAUAGUCGUCUUAUCUAACGAAAAACUAGCGCCAUAUCUUAGCGGGUCCAAAAUUACUUGUGAUAAAAAAUGUAUUUGUAUGAAUUAAAUGCGGUAAUGAAGAGUAAAAAAUAAAGUUUAAAGUGCAGUUCAGUUGAUAAGAACAUCCUCUUAAAGCACAAACUAGUGCAUUAGUCAAAUACUCAGUGUGAAAUGUUUGAUUCAAGCAGAAAUAUUUCAGCAGAAUCCAGUCUCAGGAGCGUGUUCUGUCUGUAUAGAAGUACCAAACAGGGAUAAUAGUUUACAUCAGUCUGUUUUUGCUCUUCUUCCUUAGUGUAUCGUGGCGUAAGUCACUGGUGUUCUGCCAAAAGUCUGUUUUGCUUUUUAUAAAACAUGCUAUAGUUGUUUCUGAAGCUUGAUGAAUGAUAUAUAUGUUGUGUAUUUGUGCGAUAGGUCCUUUUUCUGCACUCGCAAAUACAAAAUGCCAUUAUUUGUUAACAGGGUUUCAGCUCAACAGGGACAAUAGAGAAACAUAAAACUGUGAAUGAGCCACAGUUACUUUCAUCUGUUAUCCCAGAAACAGAAACAAUCGACAGCCAAAUACAGAAAAGAGAGAAAAAUCACACCUAAAACCAAUCACUAAUGAAACAAUCCCUAACUAAAUUCUACAACAUUCCUGUUUGUUAAUGCGAAUUUCAGGACGUUUACUUGUAAGACAUGUUUAUUUUGGCAGGAAAUAGAAUAGUUCAUCUGGCGCUAAUGUCUGAUCUAAUGCUACAAAUAUCUGUAGAUGCUAAGCCAUGUUUGACAAGCCAAACUCCUACAUGUUUCAUAGGAAAAAAAGCUUUUGUGUUCCGCACUUGUGUCGCAGUUGUUAGUUUUGAGAAAUUGUGAAAUCAGUUCUAGAAAGAUGUUUUAUUAGAGUACACAGACUUAUCUAACAAUGCUUGGUUAGCUUUUAUCAGUAAUGUGUUGUAUGUAAAUGAUCACCAAAUGCUAGGCUGAAACACUGUAACUAUCAGAGGUUUUUGUAAAAAAAAAACCCACAAAAAAACAAAAGACUGGGAGACUUUGCAGGUACGUUAUUGGAGUAACCGGUCGACCCCUCCCAUUAAACAUACGAAACACUUGUAGAGAAUCAGACGGUGGAUUCUGGCACCCAGAAUCCACUCGUUCCCUCCGUGCUGUACAGAGCUGCGCUCAUCUACACUUCAGACUAUCUGGACAGUGACGUCUGAAACUCACACCAGACGAAACGACUAAAUCUGUGGUAGUUUAUAUCCUAAAGGAACGGCCAGUAGGAGCACACCGACACACACUUUGCACAGACUGUUAUUAUUGUUGUUAAUGUAGUUUUGUGCCAAUCGCUCCACCUGAGUUGAUUUUCCUUUGUAUAUUUUUCUGUUUUCUUUUCUUUUGUUUUUGGGUUUUGCUAAUGUAGUGACUUGACAGUACUGUGAUCAUAUAUUGAUUUGUUUUUGACAGGGGAAUAUUUUACCUUCAGAUGUCUGGUGUAUAAACUGAACUUUAACCUGUCUGUCUUUGUGUUCGAUUCCUAAUGUUAUUUAUAACAUGUACACUGUACAUUUCAAAUGAGCCAUGACUAACUGUAUGCUCUUGCUGCAUGACAUCCAUCUGUACUCGAAAUAAUCAGUUCACCCUUGGACAAUUAUCAUUCUAAUAAAUCCAAAUGGCAUUA